AUGAGCUCCAACAGCUCCCCGGAGGAGAACCCUGAGGGAGAUGCAGGGAGAACAGGGUGGAAGCCCAUGGUGAGAGAUGCUUCCAAAGACAUUCCCAUAUACUUCUCCAAGGAAGAAUGGGCAGAGAUGGGAGAACUGGAGAAAAUUCACUAUAGGAAUGUGAGAAGGAACGAUAAUGUGCUGAUUAAUUUAGGUGUCGGAGCCUCUCAACCAGCUUUCCUGUGUCACCAAAGGCAGACCAAGCACCAUGUGGAUGACACUGAGGAUUCUGAUGAAGAAUGGACACCUCGACAGAAAGUCAAACCUCCUCGGGCGGCCUUCAGAGUGGGACAGAGUAAACACCAGAAGGGAAUGUCCAGGGCACUGUUAAGUAAUGAAUCUAGUUUGAAGAAAUUGCCCGGAACAACAGAUUUCCUGAACACAAGUGACUCAGAGAAGGCCCAGAAACGAGUGUCCCCUCCUGCAGAAGAAAGUACCUCCAGACGGCACUCUAGACAAAAAUUGGAACUCGAGAGAAAGGAGAUUGAAGUGAAGGUGUACAGCCUGCGAGAAAGAAAGGGUCGGUCAUACAAAGAGGCCGAUGAGCCUCAGGAUGAUGACUACCUGUAUUGUGAGAAAUGCCAGGACUUCUUCAUCGACAGCUGUGUGGCUCAUGGACCCCCUACAUUUGUAAAGGACAGUGCAGUGGACAAGGGGCAUCCCAACCGCUCAGCCCUCACUUUGCCCCCUGGGCUGAGAAUUGGGCCGUCGGGCAUCCCUGAGGCCGGGCUUGGAGUAUGGAAUGAGGCAUCCGAUCUUCCACUGGGUCUGCACUUUGGCCCCUUUGAGGGCCAGAUCACAGAAGAUGAAGAGGCAGCCAACAGUGGCUACUCCUGGAUGAUCACCAAGGGGAGAAACUGCUAUGAGUAUGUGGAUGGAAAGGACAAAUCUCGGGCCAACUGGAUGAGGUAUGUGAAUUGUGCCCGGGAUGAUGAGGAGCAGAACCUGGUGGCCUUUCAAUACCACGGGCAGAUCUUCUAUCGAACUUGCCAGGUCAUCAGGCCGGGCUGUCAACUGCUGGUCUGGUACGGGGAUGAAUAUGGCCAGGAGCUGGGUAUCAAGCGGGACAGCAAGUGGAAGAAAGAGCUCACAGCAGGGAGAGAACAAAAGCCAGAGAUCCACCCAUGUUCUUCAAGCCCUCUGGCCUUCUCCAGUCAGAAAUUCCUCAGGCAACAUGUGGAACACAAUCACUCCUCUCAGACCUUCCCAGGGACAUCUGCAAGAGAACUUCUCCAGCCAGGGAAUCUCCAUCCAGUUGGUCAGAAUCAGGAGCAGCAACGUUCUGAUCCACACAGCUGGAAUGACAAGGCUGAAGGUCAAGGGGAGUGUCGAAAAAGAUGCUGCCAUCUGAGCCGAAUGCUGGCGGAUGGGACCGAGCGGAGCCGGACGGUGGCGAAGAGCGGGGCGUUGGACGGGGGGAGCGGCGCGGCUGCUGGGCCCCGGCGAGCAGGUGGCCUGGGGCGCGCGGCGGUGCCCGGGCGCUGGGAGGCUCACGGCGGGCGUCGCGCAGCCUCUGGCAGAGCCUGGCCCUGGGCGGCACCCCGGUUGCCCCUUUCGCUACUUGGCUCCCUCCCCGUCCUGAUUCCCGCCCCGGACCGCGCCUGGCGCACGUCCCCGGGGCUCACGCUGCGGUGCGGCUGCGAGCCCCGGGCUCCCGGGCUCCAGGCUUCGCCGCCCCACAGCUGUGUGGACCCGGCCCGCAGGGUCCCGAGACGGGCCGCACGCACCGCGUCCCAGGGUCCGCUGCUCCGCCCGUCGGUCAGGAGGGCUCUCGAGGACACCUGCUCUCUGCCGUGUGGCCACCCGAAUAUGGAUGGACACGACGCCCUCACAGCCGCGCUCCCUCUGGGACCAUUAGUCCUACUCGCUGCUGCAGCCCGAGGGUCCCCUGGCCCUGGACAGCCCCGGGAUGAUCCCUCGCCAGGACGCCUUUCUGCUGCCUGCGCCAUCCUGGGCUGGGGACUGACCUCCCUGGCCAUGCCACUGACGCCUGCGAGCGCCCAGCCACGGCGCCACGCAAGCUGCAUGGCUUAA